CCGUUUUUUAUCAUGCAAAUACAGACGUUUUAGUAAGAUACCUAAAUUUAGCAGGAUCACUUUCCAUCAGAUGCUUCCUGUCGAGCCACUUCGAAAGACAAGUAAAUUCAUGUGAGAUCUAUCCGUUUUUGGUUGGCUGCAAAAUGAGACCAAUACAAAUCUUAGCUUCUAAGACGCUAUUAGUUUACUUUGCAAGCGUAACAGUUUCUGCAAAUGGUGAGUAUAUGUAACCAAUUUUAUCGCAUGUACGAUGUCCCUGUCGUUAAGUCGACACUACGUAAAUUCCUUAACAAUCAGUACAGUAUCUCUCCAGCUGCCCAAAUCUUAGCAGAGAAAGGCUGAUGAAGCAUAAGGUCCUUUAACACUAUGCAGCUAGCUGUAAGGCAUCAUUUUAUAAAUCCAGGUUGGCAGGGAAUAGUCUGAAACCAAGAGGAGUGUUGCUCUAGAUAUGCUGACUUGAUAUCAACAACCGCUACUAUGAACAAUUAAACUGUUCAAUUAAUGUUAAAUAUUUUAAAGAAAAUAUUUUAGACCAAGACAUUUCAUCCUAUACAUCUACCACACAGAUAAAGUCGAACGAUAGAAAUAAAGAGACAGGUGGAAAUAAUCUAAGCGAGUCGCUGAUGUCCUCUGCAAAACAUCGGCUGCAUGGGCGAUAACCUAGGGAGGAACUCGUGUCAUAGUCAACUCAGUCCAUUAACUAGGUUUAUGUCUACAUUUGAUGAAUAAUCUUUUUAGCUUCUAGCAGUCGAGUGCCGAACAGCGGCCAUGUUGCUUUUUCCUGUGGGCCACAGGGACUGAUUCACCACACAAACGAAACAAAUGGUAAGUUCAUUCAGAAAAAGAUGCUUUCGAUACCGUCAUUUAGUCUUCCUCGAAGGCACCUUUAAAGGAUAUCUCUCACAGGAAAUAUAUACACAGUCUUGGUUUUUUUUCCAAACGUGGGCAAAUCUGUGCUCGGAUGUACCGUUUACUUCUUAAAGUGACAACUUUUAAGGGAUAAUUUUAUUUAAAAGGAUCACAAUCCAUGACCACUAUGGAAUAACAUCACGCGGUCCGAAAUGGGAAAACAAAUACGGCCCACGACGUUGCCAACCUUCUAUCAUAAUGAAAACAGACGUGCUUCAUUACGCCCUACACACAAGCUAUAUUGUUCCAGCUUAAAAGGUUGGCAAUCAGUCAUGGGUAAUUGGGCAUUGGGGGUCAUUGGGCACUUGGGCAUAUGGAACUCACUACAAUGAGUAGCGUGAGGUAACACCAAACAAUAGCUUCCCAGCGCGAAAUUGUUAAUACCCAAAGCAACCGUCAUUGAAUCAGCUAUAUACUAAAUCAAAGUAUUGAUCUACUUUUUAAGCCUAUAAAUUUAUGUUCUGCGAUAACAAAUGAGUGAUAUGUAACGACAAAAUGUUAUCUUUGAGGUUAGUUACGUAUGUUAAUAAUGAACUUCCUUAGGACUCAAACCGAAAGUAACCAUCAUUUGCCCCCAAAUGCCGGUCAUGAUGGACACACGAACAGAAAUAACCUGUGAAGUAAUAUCCAGCAGCUACGCAAAUAUCACGUGGUAUCACAAUGGACAACUAAUCAGUCACAAGAAAAAGUACAACGUAAAAGCCGACAGAAAAACAUGCGAUCAAACGCUCAAAAUUAAACACGCAGGAGCAAACGACAAUGGAAACUAUACCUGUGUUGUAGUUAACAGUGUUGGAGAAGAGACAAAAACAUGUUCUCUUGUAGUCAAAGGUGAGAAAAAUGCAAUGAUGAUGAUUUAAUGUCAAUGUGGUUUAUGGCCUGAGAAAACAGCUGACAUUUCGGGACGUCACCACAGGUUUCCCCGCGAAAUGACGUCUGCGAAACGAGCGCAGAAAUUCCACUACUCUGAUCUGGGUAGUAACGCGUCAUCAGAAUGGCAUUUCUGCGCUCGCUUCUCAGACGUCAUUCCCCGGGGAAACCAGUGGUGGCGUCGCUAAAUUUCGGCUGUUUUCUAAGGCUAUGUGCUUUGUAAUUACAGCGGUUUAACGGCAAUUUAUGUACUACUGUAGAAAGAGAUUUAGAAUCACGUUCACACCAAACGAUUUCAAAGGUCAAUUUGUACCACGAGUCCAAGUUUUUCGCUUGUUUUUCGUUGGUGUGACGUAUUGUAUUGCGUAUCGAGUUGUCCGGAUGUAAGCACGAGUUUAAUCUGUUUUUUCAUAUUUCAGCUGAUAAGCUUAAACAAGUUCAUAUCGAAUAUUUGAAAAUAGCCGGGCACCGCAAAAAGGCUUUUCUUGGAGGAAGAGCCACCUUGACGUGUAGCAUGUUCAACGCGGUUGGUACUGUUUGGCGGAAAAACGGAAGGACGGUUAUAAGUAAUCGCCACGUUUGGUCAACAAAACACUUUUUUCAUGGGCGUGGAACCAAGUUUUACUUGGAAAUCAGCAAUGUUACCAAAGAUGAUGAGGGUUUAUACAUGUGCUCCGGAUACGCCAAUGGAAUGUCUGACAAUAAAACGCUAUACCUGCAAACAGGUUUGUCAAAAAGAGCUAAAAAGAACCAUAAACUAAAAAAGUAAAGCAUCCAUCAGGGUCAGUGCAUAGUGCUAGUUAUAGACCUCGAGAUUUACCACUAUUCACCUGGAUUUCAAGUCAUAGAAAAUCAGAUUUACGAGCUGCUGAAAGCAUUCGUUUUACUAGUCGGAGAAAAGAGCUAAUAGAUCUGCGAAUGAAACACAUAAUAAAUAAAUGUCUUUUGACGGUGUUUUCGUAUUGCCUGCGUGUAAUACUGCUUCAUUUGUCUUUGCAGAGGAAGAACCUUGCAUCGCUUCAAUCGUAA